AUGGCCGCUGAGGUAGCAAAGGACCGAUCUGAUGAUGCAACACACGUAACUUCCGAGGCCGAGCCUACGAUCAAGAUCGAUGCUCCGGACGCGCAGAAUGCUCCACUCGACCAGUCGCAACUAACAGGCGAAAGUGCCACCCCUGCUGCUACGGAAGAGAUCGAGAAUAAGCACAUCUCCGACAUCGCGAAUGAAGUGGUAACCUCGGCCGAAGUCAGUGUUAGCGGAGGAUCCGACAAUGAAGCCACCAAGAGCAAGGACGACAAGCCCCGCAGUUCGUCAACCGUUAAGAAGCCCAUUGCCUUCAAGGCCAUCAAUGUCAACCAAAAAUUUCUCACCACAAAGGCCACUACGCCGGCCGCCCCGGCCAAAGUCGCCGAGAAGCCUGCGGCGACAACGACCCUCAGCUCUACACCUGGAAGUCUGACACCGCGGCCCAGGCUCAUUGCGAAGACGGGAAGCGGGUCGGUCAAAUCGGCCACCGGUGCUAAUGGCAAAACGGGUAGUGCGCCAGAUCCAAAUGCCGUGUGGAACAAGAACAGACCUGUCCCACCUCCCGAGCCGAAAAAGUAUACCGACGAGGAGCUAAAGAAAUAUGGAAUUCACAUGGCGAGCCGUCUCCAACCCGAAGACACCAAGGGUCAGGCGAAUUGGGCCGACAUUGACGACGACGACGAAGAUUGGGCACCGGAAACGAUCACAUGGAAGGAUGGCACUAAGAUUGCUAUCCCACAUACCGAAGAGCAACCCCCGGCACCCCCCACGCCAGCGCCAGCGCCAGCGCCGGAACCGGAACCCGUUCCAAAACCUGUCGAAGCCAUCAAGGAAAGUGUGGCUGCGGAGAAACCGAAAUCACCUGCCCCAGGCCACGCGUCUAUCAUUAAGCCUGGAGUUCUAGGGUCUGGAAAGGGUCUUAUUCUCAAGGGUGCCCCCGAAAAGCCUACCCUCGUCGCAAAGCCUCCGCCCCCGCCAGCGCCCGUCAAGUCACCCUGGGCACCGAUACCAAAGGUGGAGAAAGUUUCUCCCAUGGUCGUUGAACCGCCGCCGCCGAAUCACCAUGCACCGAGGUAUCCCCCGAGAGAUGGGCCGGCUCAAUAUGCUGGUUUUCCUCCUGCGGGGCCGAAGGAAAUCGCCGCGGAUGAUUUCAGCAGAGGACCGUGGAGAGACGGGCCAGGUGGUGGUGGAAACAGAGAGCUAUAUAAUUCACAUUCCGGACGCUACGAACCCGUUCAGGACCGCCGUGGAUCAAUACGCCCAGAGCCGCAGUACGGCAGACAGCCUUCUGUCUUGCAACGCCCUGCCCACAACGAUCACCACGGCCCGGCCGAACCCUCUGCCGCUUUCCAAACACAUAGGACUAGCGACCAACAUGUGCCCUACGGCCGUAGGCGCGGCUCGUCCAACGUUAGUGGCGUUAGCAGCGGCUUCUUGAACCGUACCAAGGGCUUUGAGCAGCCAUUGCAACCCCCCGAAAUUCUCAACGCCAGGCGCGAAUCCAUGACGGCCGGUAGUGACGGCCCUGGGUCACCGAGGAACUUCUCGCCUUCUGGCAUGCAGCACGGGCCUCGUCACCCUCACCCUCACCCUCACCCUCCCCUUCACCCGCACCACCAGGGCUGGCCUCCGCGGGUUUCCCCAGCCGUGAGUCACGCAGUACCGGCACCACAUCAUCACGGUCCCGAUAUGGUUGGGGUGCCCCCAGUUGGCCCGCCGCCGCCUGUCCAGGAACAAGUGCCGUUGGUUACGGAUCAAGAGAUUGAGCUGCAGAAGAGGUUGAUGCGUGAGAAGGUAGAGGCUGCUCGGAAACGGCGCAUGGAAGAAGAAGAGCGCGAAAAGGCAGCUCGCGAGGAGCGUAUCCGGCUCAAGUUGCAGGCGCUGGGUCCUGCCCCCAAAUCCAACAGUGCCAAGAAGGCUGCAGCGAAGGAGCAACCUGCUUCUACAACGGAAGGUGCCGCCCAGACAGGCGCGGCGACUGACGAACAAAAGGCUGUCGAGAAGACCGAGGUGAAAACCCCGCCUACCACUCAACCUGAAAAAGCUGAACAGCCACCAAACGGUGUGCCUCUACAAAUCCUACCGGACUCUGAGCCCCUCGAAAGCCGCCAGCCUCUUUGGUCUAGCAGCAGUGCUAAGCAACAACAACAACAACAACAACAACAACAACAACAACAACAACAACAAGGGCGGUACACAGCUACUACUUGGGGUUCGCAGACAUCAACCAAGAACGUCUGGGGUCCUCCUACCAACAACCGCACUCUAGGAAACGGCACCUUCAACCCCGACCUAGGCACAUCACCUCCUCCGGUUUCGAACAAGCCCGGACCCGGCCCAAUUGCACCUCCCAGCCGGAACACCACCACCAUGGCCACCAAGACCAAUCUGUUCCCUGACGGUGCUCCCGCUCGGCUGCCACCCAUUGCCCCUCCUAAUCACUCCAACGCACCCAGCGGCACUUUGUCUACAGGCGAACGACAGGCCAAGGCGAAUCAAUGGGUCAGUGCUGCGCGUCUCAAUGACGAGGCCUUCGAGAACAUGCUCAAGGACAGAUUUGCUGAGCAGGACCGUCGCCGGGCUGAAAAGGGGCUCACGGCUGAAGACAUCCAGCCUGUGGUCAAGGAUGUCUGGCGUCCCACCAAGCUUGACGAGAACGGCAUGAGGAUCGAGGCUGGUCCCCGACAAACCGUCCGGGUUGGCAAGGAGAACCCGUGGGCUGCCUCUCAGCCUUCUCAGCAGACACAACCCCCGGCCGCGAAUACAUCUAUGCUCGGUAAUGCCGGCGCAGCACCACGGACCUCAUCUAGGUUCUUCCCUAGUCGCCAGCAGACCAUCGCUGCUGCGGAAUACCAACGCCCUCAUUCCCCUUCGCCUCCUCCCCCCGAUACGGAGACGACGGGUCAUCCGGCAUUCGACGGCGAUGUCAAGCACCCCCACGUCUGCAUUCCUACGCCCAGGCCCCAAGUUCGCCUACCACCCCCCUCUCAGGCGAGAGAGGAACCAAAGGUACAACAUCCAGAGGCUCCCAAGCCGCCAGGUCCGUCCUUCUCGUGGGCUAACACGGUUGCGUACAAGGGCGAGGAGCGUUCACCAGCACCCAACCCGGGUAGUCCCUGGCAAGCUCGGAUCGACAAUCUGCUCGGAGCUCGUAAGCCUUCUCAAACACAGCAGAAGCCAGCUGCGGGAGUGGACUCGACGAGCCGCGCUGCCUAUGAGCACCCAGAGACGUCUGUUACGGUGUCGCUUACCGCCGCUAUGAUCGCCGAAGCAUCUCCUACAACGAAGGACAUGGAUGAGGACUGCUUUGAGGAGCAGGAGAUGGGUUCCUUACCUACUGUCCGGAUUCCUACUGAGCUUCCGGAGAUGGCCUGGUCGCCUACAUCCGCACCGCCACCCAAGCCUCUCCAUCGGAAGUUCUUCCCCCUGACGACCAGCGCCGAGCCAAUCCGCAUCGACACCAGCUCGAACGGAAUUGGCAGCGUCAUUCGCAUUGCAUUCCCCGGGACUGACCGGCACCCGCCCUUCGUCACCGCGGUGACUAUUCCUUUCAGCAGGACUCGCAGCAACCCUCGUCGUGGCGGCGGUACAUCACGCGGCGGUCGCCAUCCCGCGGCACCUCACAAUCAGCGCGGCAUGCCUGGAGGUCGUGGCAGUAGUAGAGACGCUUCUUCACCCAAUGACCAAGGACCCACCGGUCCUCCUACCGGACCUAACGGGUCGCACCAGCAGAGUAGGGGCCGAGGUGGUGGCUACAGGGGUAGGGAUAGUGCCUGGUCGAGGAGUGCACCAACCGCUAUUCAGACUUCCUAGAACGGGGUCCGGUUGCUUAUAAGGCAGAAAUCGCGAGAGCCAACAGUCGAUUCCUGGGUUGAGGAUCAUGAGGUCAGCUCGGAUACCUGUCUGAAGGAGAAGAAACCUUCGGCGGAU